AUGAGUGACGAAUCUGGAAAUUCGACUGGAACGUCUGCCGCUCGAGCAAGAGGUAGGGUUGUUGGUGUGCCGAAGAGAUGCUGGUGUGGGGAACUGGUGGUGACGAAGAUGUCUAAAUCUGUACCGAAUCCUUACAGGAGAUACUAUCGAUGUGCAUUUGCGGCUGAGAGAAAGCUGAGUAACGAUAAUCACGCAUACAAAUGGGUUGAUGAGGCAUUGCUUGACGAGAUUGAGGCAUUGACAUUUCGAGUAGGCAGACUUGAACGAACACUCAUAGAUGACCGUGUGGAAGAAGAGAGGAAGAAGUUUGCUGAGUUUGAAAUGAAGUUAGAGACCGAGGUGUUUUCAAGAAUGGAAGAUGCCAUUAGUGAAGCCAAAUGGGAAAUGAAGAAAGUGAUGGGGAUUGUUGCUUUAGGAUGCUUGACCAUGGUUGUGUUGUCUAAGAUAAUAUAG